UCAUUUAUCGAUAUAGAUUUGAUUUCCUCUCUAAAAGAUCCGAUCCUCCAGAUUCUCUUCUCUGUGUUUAUAUCACACCACCAUCCCUUCUCUUCUCUCUCUCUUAUUUAUCCAACUCAUCGUCUUCCCUCACAUUGAUGUUUGUGUCCUUCUUUGACGUUAUAUAUCUAACAUCCCUCUUCUUCAUUCUACUUUCAGUUUCACAAGAGAGAACAAUGGCAGUGGGAGAUUUAUCUUCUUCUUCUUCUUCUUCUUCCUCCCAGGAGUUGCAUGUUCUCGCUGUUGAUGAUAAUUUUGUUGACCGUAAGGUGAUAGAGAGGUUGCUUAGGAUCUCUGCUUGUAAAGUGACGACUGUCGAGAGUGGGACAAGGGCUCUUCAGUACCUUGGCCUAGAUGGAGACAAUGGAUCUUCUGCUCUUAAGGAUUUGAAGGUGAACUUGAUAGUGACAGAUUACUCUAUGCCAGGACUAACAGGAUAUGAACUACUCAAGAAGAUCAAAGAGUCAUCUGCAUUUAGGGAGAUACCAGUAGUCAUAAUGUCCUCUGAGAAUAUACAACCUCGUAUUGAACAAUGUAUGACAGAGGGAGCAGAGGAUUUCCUGCUAAAACCGGUGAAGUUAGCAGACGUGAAGCGGUUAACAGAACUUAUAAUGAGAAGUGGUGAACCUCAAGAAGAAGAUAAAGCCAAACACUCUUAUCCUAACAGAAUCCUACAAAACAACACUGAUUCAUCAUCAUCGUCUCAUGAUUAUGUUUCCUCUGUGGAUGAUGACACUCCAUCUUCCAAGCGAAUGAAACUAGAAUCUUAGGGCUCAUGAUUGAGCAGCUUUGAGUAUUUUCUCCCACUCCUUUCUUUUGUUUUCAGUAAUACACUACAAUUAGCCAAGAUGUUGUUAUGUUUUGAUAUAUGCAAGUUUUUAGAUCCUGA